AUGAGUUUAGCAGCAGGAGGGUUUAUCGUCUUCCUUCUCUCUCUGCCAGUGGUUCAGGGUCAGGAUGGCUGGGCAGUGACUUACACUUCUACUGAGAUCUGUGCAGUGAAAGGAUCAACAGUGGAGAUAAGCUGCCGUUACACUUACCCAUCUACAUUGAAAGACGUUGUUAACACAGUAGAAAAAACAUUCUGGUUUACUAAACAGAAAGAUGAUGAACCUGUAGAUCUGAAAACAGACUCAGAGUAUGCAGGUCGUGUAGAGGAUGUCUGUGAAAACAACAGCUGCACUCUGAGAAUCAAAAACCUGAGAGAGAGCGACUCAGCUGUGUACAAGUUCAGGUUCGAAACAAACCAAGAUAAAUACCUGGGUAAACCUGGAGUCACUUUGUUUGUGACAGAUGCUCCAAAGCUCCCCUCUGUGUCAGUGAGUCCCUCUGCUGAGAUAGAGGAGGGCAGUUCAGUGACUCUGACCUGUAGCAGUGAUGCUAACCCAGCAGCUAACUACACCUGGUACAAGGAGGAUGAAGACUCUCCAAAAGCUUCAGGACAGAUCUUCAACAUCUCUGACUUCAGAGCUGAACACAGUGGGAGUUAUUUCUGUGAAGCCCAGAACAAGUUAGGACGUAGUAACUCCACCUUUCAUCUGAUUGUUGUGGCAGGGAGUUCAACAAUGAUAUUGAAUAUCAUCUGGACGAUUCCGGUGGUCUUGAUUCUGAUUCCUGUGUUCCUCGUGGGUCUGUGGAUGAGGAAGAAGAAAACUAUUUCUCACCCCACCACUGAAGCACAUGAACCUGAAGAGAUAGAGUUGGACUCUGAUCCUGUGUAUGAGAACUUCAGAGUUACUGCAGCACAUGGUGUGAAGUCCAGUCAGAUGCUCACCUGAUGGAAACAAAGAAGAAGGACAUUGAAAAAUCCCUGUGGAGAGCGAGGCUGUGCAGGAUGUGGACGGAUCUAGUAUGAGUCGGCAGCAUGUACGUCUAGAAGACUGUGCUGCCGGCAGCUUGAACUGAAUC